UACCGUAGAGACACAAGUGUGAGUUGCAAACGAGUGCCUGUGGCGAUUCAUUGCCCAUUCUUCAAAAAUAAAUUACAUAAGAAUCUUGAACAGAGCCGUUAUAUAUAUGUUUUUUCUUUGAUUUGUGAAGAAAGUACAAAAAAAUUUUCGGUUAAUCACGUAUUUUUCCAGGUAAGUAAAUGAUUAUUCCUUGUUUGUUUCUUCGAUGGAAAAAACCGACAAUUCGAAAUUAUUUCGUAAACUUCUCACAAUGAUGACAAUUAAAAUUACAUUCAUGCCGGAAUUACAUUCGAUUCUAAGUUCGAAGUCCAUCGUUCGCUGUUUUAAAUACUAGCACGGUGAUUGUACACGUAGCAGAAUCAGUCUAGCAUUACGAACUUACAGAGGUAACCGUUGAAGCUUUAUUAACAAAUGACAAAAUUAAACAGGAUAAGUUAAAUAAGUUAAAUAAGGGAUAUUGAUAUAAUAUACAAUUGUGAUACUGAUUUCUUUCACAAUGGGUUUGGGAGAAAUAUAUCAUUAUUUGUUCGAAGAAUUAUCGGUCGAACGAACUCGUGAAUGGCCAUUUAUAUCUUCGCCAUAUCCACUAAUGCUAAUUACUUUUGGAUAUAUGUAUUUUGUUCUUUAUGCUGGUCCUCGUUUCAUGAAAGAUCGAUCGCCAUAUGAGUUGAAAACCUUUAUAUUAAUUUAUGAUGUGAUUCAAAUUCUGGCAAACUUAUGGUUCGUCCAACAGCAUCUAUCUUAUGGCUGGUUUUCAGAAUUUACUAUAAUAUGUACGACGUCUAAUUCGAACUCUCCUAAUGCGAUUAAACUGUUUAAUAUAAUAUGGUGGCUAAUUUUUCUGAAACUUUUCGAUUACGUUGAAACGUGUAUAUUUGUAUUAAGGAAGAAACAAAACCAAGUUUCUGGUUUACACGUGUAUCAUCAUGUAUCCAAUCUGGUAUUUCUCUGGUAUUAUUUGAAGUACAUUUUGGAUGAAAGGGCGACAUUUCUUUCAUUGUUUAAUUGUAGCGUGCAUGUAAUCAUGUACAUAUACUAUUUUAUCGCUGCAUGGAGUCCGAAACUCCAACAAAUGGUAUCUUCUAUUAAACCACUUGUAACUAAACUGCAGAUGGUUCAAUUUAUCGUGAUGAUAGCGCUUCUACUGCAAUUUUUAAAUCCCAAUUGCGAAACGCCACGAGGAAUAGUACCUAUUUUUAUUGGAAAUUUAUUCGUAUUUCUAUACUUAUUUUAUGAUUUUCAUAAGAAAAGCUACACUAAAUUACCUAAACAAAAAAAUAAUUAAGAUAGACGGUU